UGUGAUAAGCUGCUCGGUGGAUCCAUCAAAGGCAUCGGAGCAGCCCACUGGAUCGUCGAGUAAAAAGAGGGAGGACUGGACGUCGUACAAUACGCUUUCCUUUUUCCGCUCUCUCGCUACCUGAGCUGUGUGCACAUCCAGGCGGACCUCCGCGGCACAGACGGCAGGAGAGAGCCGAGCGAGGCACGGCGUCAGCGGGGAGAAGCAGCAGCAGAGUCCCUCCUUUUUCUUCUUCGGACUAAAAUCAGUGGAGUCGCCUUUUUUUUUUUGGUUCUUUUGUCGGGGAUUUUUCCCUCCCUAAAUCUAUCGGAUAACUUGGCGUUUUUUUUUUUUUUACUCCCAGUACAUGACACCAGGCCAUCUUUUCGCGGCGCGUUGACGCCGGCGAAGAGGCUACGGCGGCGGCUUGGCGGACAGCAACGAGUCGCCCUCCUCCUGGAGCUCGGAUGGUUGCGGAGGAUUAAGCCAAGGGGGAGAUUGUUUGUUCGUGACGGCCGUGCGUGUGCACCAUGCACCGGCACACAACUUUGCACCGUGACACGUCUCCAUUAAAAGAGCCAAAGAAAGCACCCAGAAGCCGGGUGGCAUGCACCACGGGCGGCGCAGACCUCUGAUGUCACACGGUGCAAACAGAGCCCAAGGCGGCGGGAUUGUGUUGCCAGAUCAUUACUGACAGACCGAAACAGUGCUAAAGUGUCGCUUUUAGGCCUGCGACGGAUAAGACGAGGUUGCUUUGUUGUUGAAAAGGGAAACGUUGCCAGCAGUGGACGAUAAGCCAAGAAGUUCCUGAUGGUGUUCCGGAAGUUGCCAGGUGUGUCCGCGUCAGGUAUGGGGCUCCGCCUGUCCCAGAAGUUCGUCUUCUUGCUCUUCCUCUCCGGCCUGGUCACCCUCUGUUUCGGGGCGCUCUUCUUCCUGCCGGACUCGGUGCGACUGAAGCGGAUCUUCCUGUCCAAGACGGAGACCCAGCCGGUGACGGUGCGGUCGGGCUCGGAGAACGACGUCCGGGAACACCUGAAGCGGCCCGGGGAACAGGAGCACCCGCGAGGGGUGACCUCCGCCAGGGAGAGCCGGGGCGGCGGCGGCGUCGUCGGGCCGAAACUCGGUCUCGGCCGGAAGAAAGCUGCUCCUUACGAGGCCGCCGAGGAGCGCCUGGCCACAGGGAAGGCUCAGGAGGUUCGGACCUUACCCGGGUCCAACACGGAGGCGGAGAGAGCCACGCCGUCACAACACGUUGCCAGCUCCGAGGUUUUCAGCCACCAGAAGUUCAAGGGGUGCCUGCUGAAGCCCACGCUGGGGAGCGAUGGCGGCAAACCCAAGGACCCCACGACGGACCAACGGCGGGAGAAGGUCAAAGAGAUGAUGAAGUUUGCCUGGGACAACUACAAGCUGUACGCCUGGGGCAAGAACGAGCUGCGACCUUUGACCAAGAACGGCCAUGUUGGCAACAUGUUUGGUAGCUUGAGAGGAGCAUCCAUCAUCGACUCCCUGGACACGCUCUACAUCAUGGGGCUGCUGGACGAGUACCACCACGCCAAGGAGUGGGUGGAGACCAGCAUGGACCUCAACUCGAACGGCGAGGCGUCGGUCUUUGAGGUGAACAUCCGUUACGUCGGCGGGCUGCUGUCGGCGUACUAUCUGACAGGAGAGGAGAUGUUCAAGACUAAAGUGCUGGAGUUGGGUCAGAAGUUGUUACCUGCCUUCAACACACCGACUGGGAUCCCGCGAGGAGUCAUCAACCUGGGGAGUGACAACAGUUGGAGUUGGGGCUGGGCGUCGGCCGGCAGCAGCAUCCUGGCAGAGUUCGGCACUCUGCACCUGGAGUUUGUCCACCUCAGCCAGCUGUCUGGUGACCCCGUUUACAAGGAGAAGGUGAUGAACAUCCGGAAGGUGCUGAAUAAGAUCGACAAACCCCAAGGCCUCUACCCCAACUUCCUCAGCCCGGUCAGCGGAAACUGGGUCCAACAUCACGUCUCCAUCGGCGGCCUGGGGGACAGUUUCUACGAGUACCUGAUCAAGUCCUACCUGAUGUCGGACAAGACGGACGAGGACGCCAAGAGGAUGUACUACAGCGCCUUGGAGGCCAUCGAAGCCAACCUGGUGCAGAAGUCCCCAGGGGGUCUGACCUACAUGGCCGAGUGGAGGGGGGGCAUCCUGGACCACAAGAUGGGUCACCUGGCCUGCUUCUCCGGGGGCAUGAUCGGGCUGGGGGCCGACGACGGGGCCCCCGACCAGCGCCAGCACUACCUGGACCUGGCCGCCCAGAUCACGCACACCUGCCACGAGAGCUACGACCGCUCAGCUACCAAACUGGGACCCGAGACAUUCCGAUUCGACAGCGGCGCCGAAGCCACGGCGACCAGACUGAGCGACAGAUACUACAUCCUGCGACCUGAGGUCAUCGAGAGCUACAUGUACCUGUGGAGGUUGACCCAUGACCCCAAGUACAGGGACUGGGGCUGGGAGGCUGUCGAGGCUUUGGAGCGACACUGCAGAGUGGAGUUUGGCUUCUCGGGGAUACGCGACGUCUACACGCUGAUGGACGGUCACGACAACAUGCAGCAGAGCUUCUUCCUGGCAGAGACUCUCAAGUAUUUGUACCUGCUCUUCUCCGAGGAUGACCUCCUCCCCCUGGAGGACUGGGUCUUCAACACGGAGGCCCACCCUCUGCCCGUGGUGCGAGAGCACUGCCUGCAGGACCCCAGCCCCCAGGAGAAGACCCCCUCCCCCUGAGAGUCCAGGGACCAUGAGGCGGGACCGUGGUCAACCUCUUAUUCCUUUCUAGCAAAGGAUGUUGUGAUUUCACGCUGUGAUUGUAUAUUCUAUCGCUAGGAAGGCGGGGACGGAUUUCUUUCUUUCUUUCUUUUUGUGGACAAUCAAGACAAAGUUUUAUGACAAGAGCACCUUUUCUUUCCUUCUUUCCUCUGUGAGGAAACCAGUGCAGACCCAAGGCAACAAGAUGUUGUCAACAACAACCAAAACACUUGUUGACUUCUCUUUUUUUGUUCCUUCACUGACCAAAGGUUUGUUCCCCCCUUAGUGAUCAGAGCGACAGGAUCAACAACCUUGAUGUCAUGUUUCUUGCUGAAACAAAACAAGCUUUCAGUAAGUCAGGAAAGUGUCUUACAGUGUGCAUCCUGAGACCUUUAUUUUGUUUCACCUUUUUCCACUUCUUUAUUGGCGACUUGAGUUUAAUUUUUUUUUUUGUAAUACUUGUUUCUCUUUUCAAUCACGUGUAAAUACCGAGUCACUCCUGUGUGAGCUCGUCUUGGUUUUUGUUUGGUGAUCUGGCUUUUUUGUUUUGUUUCUUAUACUUCAGUGGUGGCUUUGAUUUGCUUCCCUCAGGUGUUUCACUAAGAAAAUGGAGGACAAACAAAAUUGAACUAAAACUAAAAAAAAAAAAAUACUAAGAUUUUAAGUCUACUUUUUUGCAAAUAUUAAUUAUUGUUAUGACUUAUUCUUACUGUUUCAUUUAACUUUCAUUGUUGAGUAUUUUCAAUACUGAUUAAAAAAAAAUAAAAAAUAAAAACCUGUGCAACUUUGUACCUUUAAAAGAAA